GCAGAACGCGACCACUCCUGAAGAGUUGGUCAGCUUCGUAGGCCUCAUCUGAUUUCCGCAUCACGAGCCACGGCCGAGGAGUCAAAAUGACUGACAAGCUCCCACCGCCUUUGCUGGCCCUCUUCCAGCCCCGACCGCCUCUUCGCUACAUUGCCCCUACAGACCGCGCCCCAGAGGACUGCCCGAAAAGUACCAUCUCUGGCGUCGCCCAAUAUCUCGCUGCUGCAAAGGAGUUCAAGGAAGAGUCACCAUACAAUGCAACUGAAUGCUGGUUGCAGCGCAAAUUGCGCGAGAAGGUUGAGAAGCAGGAGGCUUUGGCUUCCCAGUUGACUGAUGGCAUGCAGAGCUUCAACCCCAAGGAAGACCCACAAGCCCGAGGUGAUCCAUUUAGAACACUCUUCAUUGCACGACUCAGCUACGAGGUUAAAGAAGCAGACCUGGAGCGAGAGUUUGGCCGCUUUGGUCCGAUUGAGCGUAUUCGCAUUGUCAAGGACACUGUUUCGCCAAAAGCAGAGAAGAAGGCUCACCGAGGAUAUGCCUUCAUCGUCUACGAACGUGAGAAGGACAUGAAAGCGGCAUACAAGGAAACAGAUGGUAUUCGCAUCAAAGACCGACGAGUCCUGGUGGAUGUGGAGCGUGGUCGCACAACCAAGGGCUGGAAGCCACGUCGCUUCGGCGGUGGUCUUGGUGGCCGUGGCUACACUAAGGCCAUGCCCUCCCGCCCUAUGGGACCAGGUUUCAAUGCACCAUCCGGUCCUGGUGGAUUUGGUGGGGGAUUCCGUGGCGGCUUCGGUGGUAGAGGUUUCCGAGGUGGAGGCUUCCGUGGUGGUGGCGAUCGUUUCGGCGGCCGUGGAGGAAUCGGUUACCAAGGUGGCCGCGGUGGCUUCGGAGGACAGGCACCACCAAAUGCUCCAUCUGGCCCCGGUGGCGGACGCGGAGGUGGUUUUGGAGGUGGUUUCGGUGGUGGAGGCAGGUUUGACCGUGGUGUGACUGGCAGCAACCGCGAGCCCGUUCGCCCUCGAGACGCAUACGCAGACCGCGACCGCCGUGACGACCGUGACCGAGGCGACCGGGGAGAUCGUGGAGACCGCGACGGUGGUGACCGCUACAGAGACCGAGAUCGCAUGUCAGACCGCAAUGGAGAUCGGUACCGCGAUCGAGAGCGUGACCGUGAGCGCGAUAGGUACAGCGGUGGUGCCCGAGAGGACUUUGGACGCAAGCGACCCCGUGAGGAUGACGGUUAUGAUGACACUCGCUCCAGAAGACGAUACUAAGCGUAUCUUACAUCCGUUUUUCUUUUCGUUAUGGAUACUACCCCCAUCCCUUCUCAGUCCCGACUCAAGUGGUGGGUAUCCCUGAUACUGUCCGUCUCAUGACCUUUUUCCAUCGUCAGGGUAAGGGGGGUAAGACGGCAAGCUAUGCGCAGAUAACAAGGGGGUCUGAAAUAUCCAGCACGGACGAUCGAAGUUUCUCAACACACGCUACUCCUUUAUGCCAUCGUUGACCACAGGGUAUCCGGUUGUCGUGCAAUUCCGCUCCCUGCACCAGCAUGCACAUAACUUGUGUGAUUCCCUACGGAGUGUUCUUGUAUUCCCCGUUUUUCUUCAAGUCCCCCUCUACAUUUUCCUUCUUCAAUGUGUUCCAGUCUUUGGAGGGUCCCUCAUGUGACCCUUCUAUUUUUUUCCUUGGGGGUAAGUAUGUACUUUAGUCGAAGCAGUCUUUCAUAUUCAAAGCGACGGAAAUCAAAUGGGACUAUGCUCAGGUAAGACCAGGUAAGGGCCAUUGCAAUGACAUACGCGCAGGCAUCUUGCUAGGUAGUUAAUAAAUGGAAAUAAUGCUGUCUAUUGGGACC